AUGACACGAGAACAAUACAUACUAGCAACACAACAGAAUAACCUGCCAAGGACUGAGAAUGCACAACUUUACCCAGUGGGAAUUUAUGGAUGGCGAAAGAGGUGCUUAUACUUCUUUGUCCUUCUGCUGUUGGUUACCAUGAUAGUUAACUUAGCCAUGACAAUAUGGAUAUUGAAAGUUAUGAAUUUCACCGUGGAUGGUAUGGGAAAUCUGAGAGUCACCAAGAAGGGAAUCCGACUUGAAGGUAUAUCUGAGUUUCUACUUCCAUUGUAUGUGAAAGAAAUUCAUUCCCGAAAGGAUAGUCCACUGGUCUUACAGUCUGACAGGAAUGUAACAGUGAAUGCAAGAAAUCACAUGGGGCAGUUAACUGGACAGCUGACAGUAGGAGCUGAUGCUGUGGAAGCUCAGUGUAAAAGAUUUGAAGUGAGAGCCAGUGAAGAUGGCAGGGUGCUGUUUUCUGCAGAUGAAGAUGAGAUUACCAUUGGGGCUGAAAAGCUGAAAGUUACAGGCACUGAAGGAGCAGUAUUUGGGCACUCUGUGGAGACUCCUCAUAUCAGAGCAGAACCAUCCCAAGACCUCAGGCUUGAAUCACCAACAAGAUCCUUGAUAAUGGAAGCUCCUCGUGGGGUCCAGGUGAGCGCUGCUGCAGGAGAUUUCAAGGCUACCUGCAGGAAGGAGCUCCAUUUGCAGUCUACAGAGGGGGAGAUAUUUUUAAAUGCAGAUACAAUCCGGCUGGGAAAUCUACCAACCGGCUCAUUUUCAUCUUCUUUGCCCAGCUCCUCAAGUUCUCGACAGACUGUGUACGAACUCUGUGUCUGCCCCAAUGGCAAACUUUACCUUUCUCCAGCAGGAGUAGGUUCCACGUGUCAGUACAGUAGCAACAUCUGCUUGUGGAGUUGAAGUGACUGAUUUCUCCUCACACCAGAAUAGCCUUUUGUUCCUGUCCGUCUGCUUCACAGUUCUGCUCCGUUUCCCUUGUGAUCAGUCCAGAGCUUCUUCAAAUGGUCCACAGAGCAACUUCUUCCAGUGUGAGCUGGGAUUCGCUGCCACCUUCUCUUGUGAUUUAUAGUACUGCUCAACACAGACAGUGUGAGUGACACAGCAGUGGAAAUACCAUCGUCAGCAGGAAAACUGGAUCAUAACUUUUGCUCAAAAGGGAGAAUAACAUAGGUGCCUUUGCUACAUGCAGUGAAGCACAUAGUUUUAGAUUUUUGCAGGACCUGGAUAUGAACUGCACAUAUAUACAUUACAUAAAUGAAAUUCCCAGUAUCCAAUGGCAAGAUGAAAUGGUUAUUAACCCUGUAAGAAAACUAAUUCUACAGUCUGAAAGCACAAUUUUCCAUUCAUCUUUUUGGAUGUAAACUUUUAUCCCCAAAUUUUAAAAUUUUGAAGCAUUAUGUAAUGCUUGCUUUACUAAAAAUUAAAUUCAUGAUUUUUAACAAAACGAAAC